UGUUGCAGAGUUCACAGCUCAGGCAUUACAUGUUACACCACCAAUGGCUUUCGGCAACAGAAUACUAUACUUCAUUACUUUCACUUGUCUCCUGCACUCAACAAAGCCUUCAAACUUUAACGGUGACACGCUAUUCCAAGGUCAUGAUCAGCUCACAACAACCAACUCUUUGAUCUGCUCUUCAGGUUUGUUCACACUGAGUUUCUUUCAGCUCGAUGAGUCUGAAUAUUUCUACCUUGGAAUUAGACUCUCAGUUGUUAAUUCUAGUUAUAACUGGGUUGCCAAUAGAGACGAGCCAAUCCGUGACCCUUCAGUGGCUCUCACAAUUGAUCAAUAUGGUAACUUGAAAAUUAUUUCCAACGGUGGAAAUUCCACUAUCAUGCUCUAUUCUUCUUCUAAACCUGAAAGUAAUAGCAACAGUACUAUCAUCACCAGUGCCAUCUUGCAAGAUAAUGGCAACUUUGUGCUUCAGGAAAUAAACCAAGAUGGAUCUGUGAAGAACAUAUUGUGGCAAAGCUUUGAUUAUCCCACAAACAUGCUUUUACCAGGGAUGAAGCUAGGGUUUGACAGAAAAACAGGCCAAAAUUGGUCUAUAACAUCAUGGAGAAGUGGUAAGUCUCCUUUGUCAGGGUCCUUCAGCCUUGGCCUUGACCACAAAACGAAGGAAAUGGUGAUGUGGUGGAGAGAGAAGAUUGUUUGGAGUAGUGGCCAAUGGAGCAAUGGAAAUUUUGCCAAUUUAAAGUCCUCACUUUACGAGAAGGACUUCGUUUUUGAGUACUACUCAGAUGAAGAUGAAACGUACGUGAAGUAUGUGCCUGUUUAUGGUUAUAUCAUAAUGGGAUCUUUGGGUAUAAUAUAUGGUAGCAGUGGUGCCAGUUAUUCAUGCAGUGAUAACAAGUACUUUCUGUCUGGUUGUUCAAUGCCAAGUGCACACAAAUGCACGGACGUUGAUAGUUUGUACUUAGGCAGUAGCGAGAGUAGAUAUGGGGUAAUGGCAGGGAAAGGGUUCAUAUUUGAUGCAAAGGAGAAACUAAGCCAUUUUGAUUGCUGGAUGAAGUGCUUGAAUAAUUGCUCUUGCGAGGCUUACUCUUAUGUUAAUGCGGAUGCAACUGGUUGUGAGAUAUGGAGCAAGGGCACAGCAAACUUUUCUGACACUAACAAUUUGAUCACUGGUAGCCGCCAAAUUUACUUCAUUCGGAGUGGAAAAGGCAAGACUACUAGCAUAUGGAUCAUAAGCGGAAUAGUAGGAGGAGCUCUUCUCCUGAUCAUUUCAUGCUUUACGUGCAUUAAGUUAUGGAUAAAACUCAAAGAAAGAGCUGAAAAGCGUAAGAAGCAAAAAGAACUACUAACUGAUAUUGGAAGAAGCACUGCCAUUUCCAUUGCAUACGGUGAAAGAAAAGAACAGAGGAAAGAUGGAAACACAAGUGAUGAAACAUAUAUAUUUGACUUUCAAACUAUUCUUGAGGCAACUGCUAAUUUUUCUUCCACCAAUAAAAUAGGGGAGGGAGGCUUUGGACCUGUCUACAAGGGGAAGCUGUCAAAUGGGCAAGAAAUUGCUAUAAAGAGACUAUCCAAAAGUUCAGGACAGGGGCUGAUAGAGUUCAAAAAUGAAGCAAUGCUAAUCGUCAAACUUCAGCACACUAGUCUAGUGAGGCUUCUUGGUUUUUGUAUAGACAGAGAAGAAAGAAUAUUAGUCUACGAGUAUAUGCCCAACAAAAGCUUGAAUUUAUAUCUCUUUGAUUCCAACAAGAGAAACAUGUUAGAAUGGAAGAUACGAUGUCAAAUUAUUGAAGGAGUUGCUCAAGGACUCGUAUAUUUACAUCAAUAUUCAAGAUUAAAAGUGAUACACAGAGACUUGAAAGCUAGCAACAUUUUAUUGGACAAUGAGUUGAAUCCAAAAAUAUCAGAUUUUGGAACAGCUAGAAUAUUUGAACUAGCAGAAUCAGAAGAACAAACAAACAGAAUUGUCGGGACAUAUGGCUAUAUGUCUCCAGAAUAUGCAAUGAGGGGUGUUAUCUCGACUAAAAUAGAUGUGUAUAGUUUUGGAGUCUUGCUACUAGAGAUAGUAAGUGGAAAGAAAAAUAGUGAUGAUUACCCACUCAAUCUUGUUGUUUAUGCAUGGAAAUUAUGGAACGAAGGUGAAGCUCUAAAUCUAACGGACACAUUGUUGGAUGGGUCAUGCCCUCCCAUCCAAGUGUUACGCUACAUUCAUAUUGGUCUUUUAUGCACUCAAGAUCAAGCAAAAGAGAGGCCAACUAUGGUCCAAGUUGUUUCUUUUCUAUCAAAUGAAAUUGCUGAAUUGCCUCUACCUAAGCAACCAGGAUUUUGUAGCAGUGAAUCCAUGGAAGAGAUAGAGCAGCCUAAAAGUUGUUCAAAUGAGAUAACAAUGUCAUUGACAUCAGACUUGCAGUGUGUUUCACAAAUCACAACCACUUCACAGAACGUGCCAACCAACAAUAAUGGCUUUCAGCCAAAGUAUACUAUGCUUCAUCGUUUUCACUUGUAUCCUGCACAUAACAAAACCUUCAAACUUGAACGAAGACACGUUACUCCAGGGUCUUCAGCUCACAACAACCCACCGUUUGAUUUCAUCUUCAAAUUGGUAUGCGUAGAGUUUCUUUCAGUUCAAUGGCUCUCAAGAUUUCUACCUUGGAAUUAGACUAUCAUCAUCUGAUAACUCAAGUUCUAGUUAUUUCUGGAUUGCCAAUA